CCACCAUGAAAUCCAAGUUGGAAAAAAAUACCUAUUAUUUGACUUCACCUGAGCUCGGCGUGUAUCGCGGAACCAAACUGGCCAGUCACUGAAUCCGUCUUGUGGAAGUCACCCCAGCUCAGCAGCCUCACCAGUUAAAUGCCUUUCAGGGUCCAGGCAGCCGGAACAGAUGGAAACUGUGUCACGUUUGUGUUGCACGAUGAAGACCACACGCUGGGAAACUCUCUCCGUUACAUGGUCAUGAAGAACCCGGAAGUGGAAUUCUGUGGUUACAGUAUCACCCACCCGUCAGAAAGCAAAAUCAAUUUCCGUAUCCAGACCAGAGGGGGGCUUCCGGCAGUUGAGCCAUUCCGACAAGGUCUGAACGAACUCACGGAUGUCUGCCAGCACGUGCUCAACAAGUUUGAGGCAAGCGUAAAAGAAUAUAAGAAUCAGAUGGAAGUAGAAAUGGAUUAGCCACCUCGGUUGCACCGGCAGAGGCGUUCGUGUACAUAAAUAUUUGUGCUUGAUGCUAGUACCUUAGUUCUAUUUUUUUACAUUCUAUAAUAAAGCCUAUCCCACCCAGUGAA